AUAUAGACAUUGCAUUUAUUUCAAACAAACAAAUCAAUCGGUGAAUGGCCUACAACUACAUCCAGUGACAGUUAAAUAAUAUACAAAAUCAGUGGUCAGUAGUACAGGUAGUUAUAGUAGUAGUGGUAUAUCAAUGGCAUUGAGACGAAUGCAACACGAAUUACAUGAAUUACAAACAAAUCCGACGCCCGGCUGUUCAGCCGAACCCGUAGACGAUAACCUGUUCAGAUGGACGGCCACUAUUGACGGUCCCAGCGAUACGCCCUACGAAAACGGUGUAUUCAAUUUGACGGUAGAUUUUCCCGAUAACUAUCCGUUUAAGCCGCCAGUCAUCCGAUUCGCUACCCGUAUCUAUCAUCCGAACAUUACAUUCUACGGCGGAUGUAUCUGUUUGGACACAUUAGGGUCUCAGUGGUCGUGUGCACUGACCGUACCCAAAGUCCUGCUAACCAUACAGUUGUUACUAUCGGAGCCCAACGCUGACGAUCCGUUCAAUUCGCGGGCCGCCGACCAAUACAAACGUAAUCGCAAACGAUUCAAUGAGACCGCUCGCCGAUGGACUCAACGAUACGCCAAACCUAAGUCCAAACUACUGGUGCAGCAAACGUCGGAUGCUAUGAUGACAUCGCCGUCAACAUCAUCGGCGACGGCGAUGGAUAUGACAUCGACAACAACAACAGCAUUGGUUGAACUGCCAGUAGAAGACAGUGGACACGAAUCGGGCGAUGAAGAUGGAGAAGAAGAGGACACCGAUGAGUACUGGAUUGAUGAGGAAGAACAAGAAGAAGAAGAUGAUGGUUAUGACGAGUCUACUGAAGAGUAUUGGACUGAAGAUUGAUUGAUUUCAGAUAAAAAAAACUGUCUGAAGAAGUAGAUGAUGAAGAAGAAGAUGUGUCAAUUGAUACCUCACUAUAUUGUCAAUCAAUAGGUCUCAAUCAAUACAGACAGUCAUUAUUAUUAUUAUUAUUAUCAUAUAUU